AUGGCACUGAAAAGAAAACCAAGUUCUAGCGCUCAGGUGAACGAUUUCCAUCCAAGUGCAUCCCCAACAUCCAGCAGCACUGUGACUGAUAUGUCUGCUAGCGCUGCUGAAGAAAUUGAGAUGUCUGUGAGAAGAGAGGAGGAGGACGGAGAGUUCUCAGAAGCUGCUCUCCUCAAAACCAUUAAUUGGAGCUCAGACCAGGCUUCACACAUGAGAGUCACGCUGAGGGUGUACAACAUCCCAUCUCCAACAUCCAGCACCGAUGGGGCUGAGCAACAUCUCCCUGAUAGUGCUGCUUUGGAGAUGCCGAUGAGAAAGAGGAGGAGGACGGAGAGUUUUCCGAAGCUCCUGUCUCUCAAAACCAUUAAGUGGAGCAGCAGCUCAGACCAGGCUUCCACACAUGAGAGUCACGCUGAGGCUGGCCAAAAGAGAAAACGAAAAUUUCUCAGCGCUCAGGUGAACAACAUCCCAUCUCCAACAUCCAGCACCGAUGGGGCUGAGCAACAUCUCCCUGAUAGUGCUGCUUUGGAGAUGCCGGUGAGAAAGAGGAGGAGGACGGAGAGUUUUUCCAAGCUCCUGUCCCUCAAAACCAUUAAGUGGAGCAGCAGCUCAGACCAGGCUUCCACACAUGAGAGUCACGCUGAGGCUGGCCAAAAGAGAAAACGAAAUUCUCUCAGCGCUCAGGUGAACAACAUCCCAUCUCCAACAUCCAGCACCGAUGGGGCUGAGCAACAUCUCCCUGAUAGUGCUGCUUUGGAGAUGCCGGUGAAAGAGGAGGAGGACGGAGAGUUUUCCAAAGCUCCUACUAUUUCCUGGUCUCAAGAGGAUCAUGGUCUUGAAGUCCCUCCUCCUUUAGAUCCGACGGUUCCUAGACCUCCAGCUCCAGAUGGCAUUCUGAGCCGUUACGAAAUCGGCAGAAAGCUUGGCGAGGAGGAUUCGGCUCCGUCACGAAGGAGGCGCUUGGAGGAUGGCCUGGAGGUGGCAGUGAAAUUUGCCAGAAAGCCAAUGAACAUGAAAUACAUCAAUAUUCCUGGUCAUCCCACACCCCUUCCGUUAGAGGUGGGCCUGUCCAUCCUGGUCAACAGGGAGCCCAAAGCUCAUGAGAUCAUUCAGCUGCUGGACUGGCAGGACCAGCCUGAACAUUACAUCAUGGUCCUGGAGCGUCCCUCACCCUGCGAGGAUCUGUGUAAGUACUUGAGGCGUCACGGAGGCAUCCUCACGGAGGAAACGGCGCAGUACAUCAUGGCCCAAGCAACCAUGGCCGCUUACACCUGCUGUCAGCGAGGAGUGUUUCACCGUGAUAUUAAGCCGGAGAACCUGCUGCUGAACCCCGAAACCCUCGAGGUCAAGCUGAUCGACUUUGGGUGCGGGGAUCUCCUCAAAGACUCUGCCUAUCAAACGUUCUGUGGCACUCGUCGGUUCUUCCCUCCUGAGUACUUCGCGUUUCACAAGUACCACGGGAGACCAGCUACUGUGUGGUCUCUGGGAGUGCUGUUAUUCGUCAUGAUGUGUGGAUACUUUCCCAACUCUAGAGACCUACACAUGAUCGAGCUCAAGAUCUGGUCUGUGCCUGGCUUGUCGUACGAUUGCUGUGACCUGAUUCAGUCUCUUCUGCAGCAAAACCCAAGCCAGAGGAUUGAUCUGAGGGACAUCCUUCAGCAUGAAUGGUUUCAGGUCACCGAGUAAGACGUGAAGAGGAAAAUGUAAAUAGUGCAAAUGAAAGGCAAAUAUUCCACAGUUCCAGGGUUCCUCAAGUCAGCGUCUGUGGCCUGACACGAGCUCCGAUCCCUCCGUGCCUUAGCAUCUUGCAGGGCUGGCAAGCCUUGGUGUCGUCUGGCGCCUUGGCUUGAGGCAAUAAUGUUAGCGUUAGCUGAUAUUACUUGCCAAGGCACAGGGCGACCAUUCCCUGUAUGACAGAGCUUCACGUGACGUUUUGGAAUGCAGUGGCCAAUCAGAGGAGUUUAAUUAAGUCGUGUUAAAACUCAUCAGUUUAGACAAAGCACAGAAUCAGAUGAAUGUACAGUGUAAGAGAUUAAUUUCACAGCGUAUACAGCUUCAUUGAUUAUAAGAACAGUUUUAUUUUAUUUAUUUAUUUAUUUUUUGAGAAUGAUAAAUCAAAGUUAGUGAUAAUAUCACGUUCUAUAUAUAAUUCAUUCUCUGUUUGAAUUACCAUGGAAAGGAAACCUUAUAGAAACAUGUUUUUUUUUCAAGCGUUCAAUGCAAAUUCUGUCAUAUAUGCCUUUUUAAUUAACUUUAUAUAUUUUAUUUUUAUAUAUUAUGAUAUACUAUGACUAUUUGUGUAUUGAGAUUGAGUCAAAUGAAAUGUCAAUAAACUUGCUAUGAUAUAAUACUGAUGCCUAAAUUGAAUUCCUUUCAUAAAUUGUUGUUUAUGGCAACAGAAUGUCUUUCAGGUGAAGGGGGUUUAAUCAUUUUGCUUAUUAACUGUAUAUAAAUGAACAGGGUCAUC